AUGGACUAUUCCGUAAUUUACUGGCUCAUGGCCAUCGUUUGCCGUGGUGGCAUGCUUUUUGGAUAUAACUCGGGGGUCAUCGGGGGUGCUCUCACCUUCGGUUCCUUUCUCCGCGACUUUCAGUGCGCGCUGGAACGGGCUAUCUGUGGUCUCGGCAUCGGGGACUCCGCCACUGUCAUCCCUAUCUAUCUCUCUGAAAUGAACGCUAAGAACAUGCGCGCUCGGGCAGGUAGUUGCUACCAGUUCACUUUCCCCGUGGGCAUCCUCGUCUCCUACUGGGUAGACUACGGGAUGCAAUUCCGUACCCCAACUGCAGCUCAAUGGCAGAUCUCACUCGCCCUGCAACACUUCCCAGGCGCCCUAAUGGGCCUCGGCAUGCUAACUCUAGACGGAAGCUUACGCUGGCCCCUAUGUCAAGGCAACUAA